GUUCCUGCUGCUGCUGCUUGGCUAACACACACAAACACACACACACGCACGCACGUCCUCCAAUCUGAGCUGCUUUGAGCCACCCUGUUUCAUCUGGUGCUAUCAGGGCUGAUGAGAGCCUCUUGUCUUUCUGGGUCUGCUGCAGCCGCUGCAUGAGAGACAUGGAUACGGUCAUGCUGUGAAGGCAUGUCUGGGACGUGAUUACACUUUUUUAAAAGUCUGUACUUGUGUGAUGGUUUUUCCAUGAUGAUAUCCACAUGGGUGUCAGUGAUUGUUGUUCUGGUUGUAUUUACGAAUGGAGUGAGGAAUGAGGAUGACACACAGCCAUGUGCGAAGGUCCACACCUCCAGCUCAGUGGUGCCUCUGAGGUCAAAUGUAACGGCCACCUGUGUCAUCAGAGAGGACUGCCUUCUGGUUGUUGGACAAGCUGUUCAUAUCGAGUGGAGCCUUGAUAAUCGCUUUAUUCCCAGCAGCCCUGUGGCCAAUGAGAGUGACAGGGUCUCCAGGGUUGUUAUAUCGAGCUUCAAUUACACCAGGGCGGUCCUCACCUGCAGCAUCCAGGCAUCUCACCAAGUUGUUGCUGGAGUGGAGAUCCGAGCUGGAUAUCCACCAGAAUCACCACAAAACCUCAGCUGUCAGACAAACCUCACCACCCCCCACACCCUGACAUGUAGAUGGGACCCUGGCCAGCAGGAAACCUACCUUCCCACAAAGUACACCCUACACACUGAGAUACGGGAUUCGAACAAGAACUAUACUUAUGAGCCGCCACCGGGGGUCCACUCCUACAUCAUCACUCGCUCUGACUUUAGUUUUUUUGUUGAAAUGAAAAUAUAUGUGAAAGCUGAGAAUGACCUUGGAGAGAACACUUCGGUACCCAUCAUUUUAGAACCACUUAGUGCAGCUAAGUUAGAGCAACCCAACAUUGUUCAAGUGGUGACAGACACGGUUGGCUGUCUGAAUCUAAGCUGGAGCUUGUCCCAGCAGCAGAACUGGAUGCGUCACAACGAUCUAAAUCUGGAAGUUCGACUUAAGACAACAGGCAGCAGUCAGAGGAGUAACCAGAUCAUCGUCAUGAAAUCUGUAAAAGGAGGUGACCGUGUGCCAUCCGUACCUGUGACGCAGUGUCGCCUCCUUCAUGGGACUCGGUAUUCUGCUCAGAUUAGAGUCAGAUACAAAGAGAGCCCCUGGAGCAAGUGGAGCAGCAGCCACUCUGGAGUCACCUUGGAGCAGGUUCCCACUGGACGUUUAGACACGUGGAUGAAGGUAUCAGGGGAUACCACUUCCGCACAACUCAACAUACAACUGUUCUGGAAGCCAUCAAAACAAUUCCAUGCAAACAGCCUAAAUGUAUCAUAUACCAUCUCAGUGCAAACACUGCAUGGCACAGAGAGAAAAAUCUGCUCUACAAGUGAGAAUUACUGCACUUUCAAACUUCCUGAGAAAGUAAAGAAGGUUUGUCUGUAUGCAGUGAAUGGAGCAGGAAAAUCCAACGCCAAUGAAGUUCGCAUUUACCAAAGCAAAGUUCAAACAGGGAUAAUAGAUGUCACGGCUGUUCCUAAUGAUGACAAAUCAUUUCUGGUCCAGUGGAAAAGGGUGAUUACUUCGGGUCUCACUGGUUAUGUGGUGGAAUGGCUACCUUUAUUAAAAACUGGUCCCUCUCACAUCCAGUUUGAAAAGGCAGACAAAAAGCAAUCAAGUCUCAUCAUAACAGGCAACUUUGAGCCUUACAAGCCCUUUGGGAUCUCUGUAUAUCCUAGGUUUAAGGAUGGGAUUGGUCUUCCUCAGACUGUUAAUGCCUAUGUGAGACAAAAGGCCCCAUCUGAAGUCCCAAGAAUGCUAAUUAAAAAGACCUGGAAUUCCCAUAUUGAGAUUACCUGGGGUGAAAUACCUUUGGAACAAAGAAAUGGAAUUAUCCAGAAUUACAAGGUCUUCUACGGGGUUGAGAACGGACCUGUUGAUGUUAUAAGUGCAAAUCCGGAAGAGAGGAAGGUGAUCCUGACAAACCUAAAAACUGCAUCUAUGUAUGAAGCCUUUAUGAUGGUUAGCACAAGUGGUGGAAGCCUGAAUGGGUCAACAAUUCGUUUUGAGGUUCAACCUUUUGAUGGAGUUGCUAUUGUGAUAAUUGUAAUUACAUGUGGUGUUGGACUGUCACUUCUGAUUAUUGUCACUGUCAUGAUUUGUUUCUCCAAACCCAAAAGUUCAAGGCUGCAGGGGCGCUUUUGGCCAGUUGUUCCAGACCCAGCCAACAGCAGCAUCAAAAGAUGGGCAUCAGAAUCAACCCAGUAUACACAUCCUUCCUGGGACAAUGAAGAGCCAAAUCCAAUAUACUUGUCCCACCUCAGCUUCCUGGACCUUACUACCAAGCUAAGCAAAGAGGAAGAUGAUCUUUGGUUAAACAGCUCAGAGAACACCAGUGAUCUAGGAGAGUCCAUUUGUGGUUCACCGUUCAUCCCUGGAUACACUGGUUCAAACAGUGACUCUGUUCCCUAUGCCACUGUAAUAUUCUCUGGUCCAUACAGCAGCCCACCACCCAUGGAGUCGCAUGUGUAUCUGCGCUCUGAAUCCACACAGCCUCUCCUAGCAUCAGAAGAAUCUUUCUCUCCUAAAUGCUACCAGAAUAUGGCAGCUAAUGAGAUGCAUAUUGAACAGUGUUUUUUCGGGCCAAACAAUGAGAAUGUGCCGGAAAGAGGGGAAGACCGGAUCAGCAUUUGGGAUGACUUUCCUUUUCUACAAGCAUUAGCCAUUAAUGAUACUGAAAAUGACUGAAAAUACUUUGCUGAUUGUGGUAGCAACUGGCUUUAGAAUGCCGAUUGUCUUAAACCAAAUUUAGCUGGCCCUGCAUAGCAUAAAUAGUACAUGCAAGUUUGAUCUGUGCUAAAAUCACUCCGUAUUUCUUGAUUUUAAUUUGAUUAUUGUUGGUUGUACCGUAUUUUGUAGAUACUUCUGUGGAAAAUAAAAAUUUUUUAUGUA